UCGUUGGUGCGUGAGUGGCCGAGUUUUUCCCUCCCGCAUUUCUUGUUUAUGUUGGUGAAAUCACGUGCCAGCCAGAUAAAACGGUCGGGGCUGGAUGCGGCAACUGUGUCAUUGGCUUAAAAAACUUUGUGGAUGUUCUUUCAAACAGUGAGCCGACAGCCAGCAGUCUCGCGCUAUCACCUGUCUAUUGUGACGUCACUUCCUGGUUAGCCUCACCUGACUGCAAGUUUCUUCACGUAUUGACGUAAGAUGAAAUCGUAUGAGAGAGUUUUUCUUGAGGUCACGUGAUAACCGUAUCCUGGUAUACACGGAUGUCCGGGUGGUGGAGGCCAAGAGCUGACAGACAGACCGUCAUGACUGGAGUCAUGACGUCAUCAUGGCUGGGACUAUUGCUGCUGGCAGGUGUGGUCCGUGCUAGCCACAACAUCCAGGUCAGUGGGUGUAACGGUCAAACCAUUCGAGCCAAAUGUCCAGACGGUCAUCAGAUCGCCAUCAAGCGAAUCUUUUUUGGUGUCAAAACUAACUCGGAGUGUGUCAACAGCCCACCCUAUAGGGGUGUCAGUGGCAGAGGCGGGCGCUAUAACGUGAGUACCCCCAGCGACUGUUGCAAACACACGAGCGCCGACUGCAUGAUGGACGAGGACAGCAAGUACUCCAACUACAACAUCAAGUGCUCAGGUCACCAGAAGUGCGACAUCUCCGUGGAGAGGACACGGACCAAGGACCCGUGUCGCUCUAAGAGCUAUACAGACAUCCUCACUAUAGUCUACUCAUGUAUAGCUGUUGAAGAUAUCGCCAUCCUAUGCUCCAACGACAGCAAGCGUGGCAAGGCCCUGUACCUCACCAACAGAGAAUACCCAGACCAGAUCAAAACACCGGCAGAGAGGAUGAACUGUCAGUGUAUGGUGAGGACAACAAACCCAGAGGGUAUCAGCGUCCACACCAUCGAUGUCCUACUGGCCAGUAGACACAGCGGUAUGGAAUGUACCAGAACCCUGAGCAUACAGGACCCCAUGUCCUACCAGAAGACCCUGCAGUGUUCUUCCAUCGGCCUGUAUGGUUUCAAGUCUGUCUACAGCCGCUCAGCUGAGAACGUCACCCUGACCCUAAACGUGCUGCCCGUGGAGGGGCUGGGCUACAUUUUUCUACAAGUCAAACCCAAUGACGCCGAUGGUCUAGUGGAGGUCCUGUGUGGGCAGGCACUAGACAACCUGUUGACCCAGAUCAAGGACGAGGCUGAAGCCAGGGAGUUGGCCAUCCAGACUGAGAAGAACCCAGUGGGGGAGGGGACUGUGAAGAACGAGACAGUGGCGCCAUCUAACAGCACCAACGUCUCAGUGGCGGCCAGCUCACACGCUCUCAACUCGGACCUCGCUGCCAUCAUUGGAGGAAUAGUUGCGGCAGGAUUUUUACUGAUUGCUAUCGUCAUUGUUGCUAUGGCGCUACACUGUAGAAAAAUAGGCAAAGACAAACAGGCGAGGAAGCCCUUAGAACUGUAUCCAGCGGUUAAUUCCGAGCCCCUCGACCUGGCCUCCUACUGUAGAUAUGACUUUGACGAUGACCACCUACCUACUAUCAACAGGUCCCCCAUGAAAAUGGCGGCGCUGACCGACGAGGGAGCCGUGGCCAGCCAGCGCCGGCCCAACGGUUUCACCACGCUGUCCCGGGCAGAGGAGUACCGAGUACAUCGUGACCCCACGCCCAGCCCGCCCCUCCCCUUGGGCAUAUCCACGCCCCCGCCCUCAGUACAGAACCAGCCCCUCUUGUCCCAGAGGUCGUACCGCGAGGUCUACUACCCCGGGGACCUGUCCCUGAGGUUCGUCAAGCCUCUCCACACCUGCACCGACCUUGACCCCUACUACAUGAAGCAGGGGCACACCACUCUGCCCACCAACAGAAAGGCCGUCCUCAUCAGCUCGGGCCCCAAGAGCCCACUCGGCAAACGCAGCAAAAGCGUCACCUUCUCCCAGCCCGUUGCUAUGGUAACGCCGCUGAACGCCGAGUCUGAAGAAUCGAUGGAGAACAAGAACCACGUGACCGAUGACCUGGACGAGCCCAACUACGACAACCUGAACAAACUGACGAUCCCAGACCAGCCGGUUCUGGCCGGUCAGCCGGUUCUGGCCGGUCAGCCGGUUCUAGCCGGUCAGCCGGAGCUGGUCAAGAUCCCGCGCUGGGACUACAAGGACUACAUGGACGACACGCCCGCCAGGCCCAUGUUCACCUUCCAGAACAGUCUAGAAGCCCCGGAGGACCUUCUGGGAUAUCCCGCCCCUCCCCCCGAGUUUAAGGCGUCAUGUGACUCCGAUGAUCUGGCCUACAUGUCUGACUCAUCGGCCUCGUUCUGGUACACGUCCAAGCCAAUCGGCAAGUCCCUGAUGUUGCCCAAACCACAGAACGCGCAGCUCUUUGAGACGGGUGUAUAGCAGGUGACGUGACACACAUGUGUAUAACAGGUCACGUGGCUGACACACAGGUG